GUUGCGGCCGCCGCCAGGUGGAACUGCAGGUGGGUUCAGGUGCCAGCCCGGCCCCGGCCCUGCUGUGGAACCGAGUCUCCCGUGAGUGACAGAGGCAGCUCCCAAGGGCCUGGAGACCCGUGGGGCUGGCUCUGGGAUCCGAGCCCGCCGCCCUGGCCUGGAGUCCCUCCCUGUACCUAUUCCCCAUUCCCCUGCCGAGCCAGGCCGUUGGCCAGCCCACCCCGACUCUCGGAACCAUGUUUGCAGACUUGGAUUAUGACAUCGAGGAGGAUAAACUUGGAAUCCCUACUGUGCCUGGGAAGGUGACCCUGCAGAAGGAUGCUCAGAACCUGAUCGGGAUCAGCAUUGGAGGAGGGGCCCAGUACUGUCCCUGCCUGUACAUUGUCCAGGUAUUUGACAACACACCUGCGGCCCUCGAUGGCACGGUGGCAGCUGGCGAUGAGAUCACCGGCGUCAAUGGCAGGUCAAUCAAGGGGAAAACCAAGGUGGAGGUGGCCAAGAUGAUUCAGGAGGUGAAGGGGGAGGUGACCAUCCACUACAACAAGCUGCAGGCGGACCCCAAGCAGGGCAUGUCCCUGGACAUUGUGUUGAAGAAGGUCAAGCACCGGCUGGUGGAGAACAUGAGUUCAGGGACGGCUGAUGCCCUGGGCCUGAGCCGGGCCAUCCUGUGCAAUGAUGGGCUGGUGAAGAGGCUGGAGGAGCUGGAGCGGACGGCUGAGCUGUAUAAAGGGAUGACGGAACACACGAAGAAUCUCCUCCGGGCUUUUUAUGAACUCUCACAGACCCACCGGGGGGGUCAGGUGGGGGCAGCCUUCAAGCCAUGCUUGUCAUGCAGCCUUUGGGGACGUGUUCUCCGUGAUCGGGGUGCGGGAGCCCCAGCCGGCAGCAAGCGAGGCUUUUGUGAAGUUUGCCGAUGCCCACCGCAGCAUGGAGAAGUUUGGCGUUCGGCUGCUGAAGACCAUCAAGCCGAUGCUGACAGACCUGAACACGUACCUCAACAAGGCCAUCCCGGACACUCGCCUCACCAUCAGGAAGUACCUGGACGUGAAGUUCGAGUACCUGUCGUACUGCCUGAAGGUGAAGGAGAUGGACGACGAGGAAUACAGCUGCAUCGCCCUAGGGGAGCCCCUGUACCGAGUGAGCACAGGCAACUACGAGUAUCGCCUGAUCCUGCGCUGCCGCCAGGAGGCCCGCGCCCGCUUCUCCCAGAUGCGCAAGGACGUGCUGGAGAAGAUGGAGCUGCUGGAUCAGAAGCACGGACAUCGUGUUCCAGCUACAGCGCUUCGUGUCCACCAUGUCCAAGUACUACAACGACUGCUACUCCGUGCUGCGGGACGCAGACGUCUUCCCCAUCGAGGUGGACCUGGCACACACCACACUGGCCUAUGGCCUCAGCCAGGGCGAGUUCACUGACGGGGAGGAGGAGGAGGAGGAGGAAGAGGACACUGCAGCCCGGGAGCCGUCCAGGGAUCUCCGCGGGGCUGCUGGACCCCUGGACAAGGGCGGAAGCUGGUGUGACUCCUGAGCACCCAGGGUGCAGAUCAGGGGGGAAGGGCAGUGGGCAGACGGCAGCAGGAGCGGGGCUGGGCAGUGGUGCACGUGGUGGCGCAUAAAGCCUGCUGGCUCGGGCGCCUGCCUCCCUGCUCCUCUGUCCUCGCACAGCAAACCUGGCUCCUGCCCAGGAAAGGUGCCAGGCUGAGGCCCAGCCCUGGACACCGGCCCACCCUCCCUCACCUCCCCAGCCCGGGAGAGCGAGGCCUCUGGACCUUACUUAGGAAGGAGAGGGCAGAAGGACGAGGGGCUGCAGGUGGCAUCCAACCCAGGACCUGCUGCGCCUGCUGGGAGCAGGCGAGUCCUGCACACCCUCCGCUGGUCCCACCAACCCCACCCCUUCCGCUGGCCCCUCCACCCCCCACACCUCGGCGGCCUUUAUUUAUUUGUCCCCAGCUCAGCCAUUUCUGGAGCAGGGCUGGGCCUGGGCCUGUAUCAAUAAACAAACCAGAUGGAGCCGGC